CACAUCAGCUAACUAGAGAAAAAUAAAUACUCCCUUUCCCAACCACUCACAGAGAAACAAAGUGAGAGAUACAAUUUAUAUAGAGCAUAAUGUGUUUGAUAAUAUAUGUUUGUGAUGCAGAAGAGAAAGAGCUUGGGAGACAAGCAGCAUCAGGAGCAUGUCCUUCUUGUGGUGGCAAAGUUCAAGCUGUUGAUGUUGAGAGCCGCUGGAAGUUCUGCUUCCUUCCCCUUUGCUUCAUCAUCAAGAGAAAAUAUCAAUGUACUCUUUGUUCCAGGCGUUUAGUAUUGUAUUCUUCUUGAACAAAAUUAGGAUUGUCCUAAAUUUCCAAUUCAUUUCUUUUUUUUAAUAACGGUGAUUUUAGAACUAGUACGGAUUUGUAUAAUCGAUCUCAACUUAUUUGGGAUUGAGACAUAUCUGUUAUUGAUGAUGUUCGAGCUAGCUGUUGUGUGCUUGGACUUCCACCUUAAUUAUUCUCUCUUUCCCAUUCCA